AAAUCAUUAAACAAAAGUUCAAAUCUUUGCAGAAUUAUAAGCAUUUUCUAGUUGUUAUCAAAAAUAAUUUCUUAAAGUUACUGAUGAGAAUAUAGUAAUAUAGAUAAUGUUUAUCAUUGAUCUCAUCAGUUGAUGUUGUUUAAUCUAUUGUAACUUAUCUGAAAAGCUAGGAAAAUGUCUAGAAUUAAUUCUGAAAAUGUAAAUGGAGUAAAUGUUACCUUGGUUGUGAACAAGCGCAACCGGACGCAGCCAUCACAACGGUUUACAAUCAGUUACAAAGAUGGCCAAAAAAGCGCUCCUUGGAGAUUGAAACUCUUUUUCCUAGCCAUUAUUUUUAAUGUAUUCACUAUGUCUUAUAUUCGUGUUAGCGUAUUUGCUAUAUUAAUUAUUGCCAUAGUAUUUUCAGUAUUGAUUAUAUUCUGGAUAACACAUAGUGUUCAGUCAGAAAGUAUUCUUUUCAUCCCAAGAGUGGGCAUUGAGUCAACAGUGAAGUAUGUUUUUGGUCGAGAAGAUAAUUUUGUACCAUGGUCACUUAUUGAUGAUAUUAUUAUACGUGAAGUCAUUAAAUUGAAUCGGGUGCUGUAUUAUCUGACAAUUAUUUUAAAAUCACCCAAUGCUGGUGAAAGUGACUCUGUAAAAAUAAUACCACUGUUUAAGUACACCAAGCCCAGACUGGCCAUGUUAGAAGUCAUAUACAAUGAACUUUCAAGCUUUUUAAUAGCUUUUAGAAACGAGCAAAUGGGUUCAGGUGAUGCAGAACAAUGAAGUAUUGUAGAUAAGUUUAAAUUAGUACUAUUUAUUUAAUUUAAAGUAGUUGGUAUCAGAGAAAUUGAUUCACAGGCAGAUGGCGGACCUGCCUUACUUGCCAAUUGCCUAAAAUCAAUAUUCUAAUAACUGUACAAAUAUAUUAUUAUUCCAAAGAUUGAGAAGACUAACAAAACAAUAUGUAAUUUGGUCUAUUAAUAUUAUAUUAAAGUUGAACAUUCCUUUAA